AUGCAGUCAACGUGUGUGUCUGCGCCUGGCAAAGUGCUGCUUGCGGGCGGGUAUGUGGUACUUCAGGAGCAAUACACGGGCAUCGUGCUGUCGACGACUGCGAGGUUCUAUGCGCAAGUGGAGGCUCAGGGUAUCGAACCUGACACUGCCGUGGGCACAGCGUCAGGCGAUUGGCGUCCGUUGUUCCCGUUGACAGUGGAGAGUGAUCAAUUCAAGCAGCGGAUUGAUGGCUGGAUCGAAGAAAAGCGCGAUGACGGACGAUCGUUGCGAUUCCAGCUCAGGAAGAGCUCGCACCGCAAUGUGUACAUUGAAGACACCGUGUUGUGUGCGGUGAAUGGAACCGCUGGGCUGAGCGAGUUCAAGAGUGCAGACACGUUUCGGAAGCUCGUGAAGACGAAGAAGCGUGUGCACGUUCGACUUUGGGGCGACAAUGACUUUUAUUCUCAAGUGCAGAGACUGCAAGAUGCCAAGCAGCCACUUUGCCGCGACAGCUUGAAGGCACUUGAUGCCUUCCUUCCCCCUACGAUGGAAGAUCGAGGUGGCGAGUUUGUUGCAUUGAAGACAGGAAUGGGGAGCUCUGCUGCUCUCGUGACGUCACUUGUUGCAGCCCUCGUGACGUUCUUUGUGCCGGCUAUAAGCGUUGAGGAACGGCAGAGGGAUCUGGAGCUGGUGCAUAAUUUGGCCCAGUUGAGUCACUGCUACGUCCAGCGCAAAAUUGGCAGCGGCUUCGACGUAUCGGCAGCAUGCUUUGGUUCGCAGUCGUAUACCCGAUUUCCAGUGUCAGUCUUGGACACGUUCACGUCCGAAAACGCGAUAGAGCCGGAGAGGAUUGCGCUUUGCAUCACAGACCACGCAUUGUGGAACACUUCUGAUCGCGUGAAACCUGUUCGAUUGCCUUCUACCUUCCACAUGAUGAUGGGAGACGUGUCAUCCGGAUCGGCGACUGUGUCAAUGGUCCGGCAAGUGUUGAAGUGGCAAAAAGAUCAUCCUGAGCACGCAGCGCGAGUGAUGGAUGCUAUCCAUAGCCAUACCAUGGAUGUUGAGCGUGGUUUUGCUGAAAUCUGCGAUUUGGAGACUAGCUUCACCGUACGCGAUUGGAAAGAGAUGGCUGCUGUAAGCCGCAACCAGUGGAGUAUGAAAGAUGCUGAUGUUGGGGCUGCGCUCACGAGAGUAAGCGUCGCCUACGCAGGCCUUCGACAACUGAUGCGUGAAAUGGGAAUAUCUGCCGGAGUCGCAAUUGAGCCACCAGAACAAACAGCGAUCCUAGACGCAACGUUAGCGAUUCCUGGUGUGUUGCUUGCUGGAGUGCCUGGAGCCGGCGGGUACGAUGCGAUUUGUGUGCUUGUGCUCCAUGAGAGUGUUUUGCAAGCAGUGGAAGAUCUGUGGGUCCGAUGGCCCAAAACGCAUCCCGACUCCAUCAUUUGCCCACUGCUUUGUGAUGUCGACCGUGGGCUGACGAGUUCGCUGCGAGCAAGAUCGGGACUUCGAGUUCACGCUGUUGAGUACUUUCGUACCUACCUACGUUACUCCUUGUGCAGAAUAGAUGAAGGUUGA